AUGGCAAGUAAGGUAACACCUACAUCACUGGGCAUCUUCACCACGAAGCCAAAAUUUCCAAACUAUGCAAUACCAACAAAACGAUUGGAAUCCUUCACAGAAUCAUCAACACCGUGGCCAGAUGCUAGUCACAUUGACGUGAACGAGUUAGUAUCUGCUGGCCUAGUAUACUCAGGUGUGGGCGAUGCUGUCCGUUGUUACUAUUGCGGCGGUGGUCUAAAACAUUGGGAGAUCGGUGAUGAUCCGAUGUAUGAACAUGCGAGAUGGUUUCCAACGUGUCCGCAUAUCGUUAUUUGUAAAGGAAAAGAUUACGUUGAAAAAGCAAGGCUGGGUGAACAUCCAUCCAUAUCAAAACAAAAUGAAAAGGUAAACCAAUCCGAUGAACAGGAAUCAUCAAUUUCACGCCAAGAAACAGCCAUGGAAGCAGCGGCCGAGUUUGGUUACCACAUGGAUUGGAUACGCAUAGCUGCUAGAAUAUACAGUGAAAGAGAAGGUCCGAAUUCGCAGUUUCAAGCGAGCGAUCUUAUGUCAAUUCUGAUGGAGAUGGAAGACGAUCCAAGUAUGGCGAUAAACUAUACUGCUGGUUCUAGUUCUUGCUGUGUAACUGAACAAUCCCUAGAUAGUCCAUCAAAUGGGCUAGAAACUGAUCUAGAAGCAUUGCAAGAAGAAAAUCAAAAUCUGAAGGAUAAGCAAAAUUUGUCUUGA